AAGGGCGUGUGUGGUGCAAUGGAAAUGGCGGGUGAUUAUACCUUAAAUCCUUCCUCCUCUUUCUAAAACCCUCAAACUCUCUUUGAUGCAUCUCUUAGACAUGAACUCCCUCAGAACUAUUUUAUACUCUCGAAAGCACUUUCUCAUUUCCUCAACUUUCUCUUCUUAUACAACAUCCCCCAUCUCCUGCCGCUUUUAUCUCGCCCCUAACUCUUCCCUCUUUCACUACGCCCACCUUUCGACCCAUGCUCCGAACGCCGACCCCCUCGCCGGUUCCGGUCCCGAACAUGAAAAAGGCCGCAAUGUUUGGUCUAUUUACGGCUCCGUUUCGAGUAAGCUUGCUACUCAAAGGGUCGGAAGCAGUAUCGAUGGAAAGGACCCCGAACCCAGCAUUGGAGUUCAGAAUGGAGAUGGGUCAGAGGAUUUAUUGAACAAGAAGACUUCCGAGAGUGUGAGGAAAGUGGGUUUAGAAGAUAGGUUGACUUGCAAGCCUAAUUCGGGGAAGGUUGUGGGAUUGAAGAAGAAGAAUAAAGUUUCUUGGGUUUGUUCGAACUGUGGGCAUAGUGAGGGGCAGUGGUGGGGAACUUGUCAGUCCUGUCAUAUGGUUGGGACAAUGAAGCAAUUUUCAGUAGGCAAUGAUAGUGGAGGAGAGAGACGAACAUGGCUUCCAAAGGAGGUCACUAACGUGAAUCCUCUGCGGUUAACAGAUGUGAACCGAGGGAUCAAUACUCAGGAUUGGAGACUUCCCUUGCCUGGUCCCUUUGGAAAUGAAGUGGCAAGGGUGCUUGGUGGUGGGCUGGUACCAGGUUCACUUGUUUUGAUCGGUGGUGACCCUGGUGUCGGCAAGAGUACAUUGUUGUUGCAGAUUGCUGCAAUUUUAGCUGAAGGGUGUGGCGAAGGUGGAUCAAAAUCCGUUGUUUAUGUCUCUGGGGAAGAGAGUGUGGAGCAAAUUGGAAAUAGAGCAGACCGAUUGAAGAUUCAAACGGAGAAUCUUUUCUUGUAUUCAAGUACUGAUGUUGAGGAUAUAUUUGAGAAGAUUCAGCCUCUAUCUCCUAGAGCCUUGAUUAUUGAUUCUAUUCAAACAGUUUAUUUGCAAGAAGUAGCUGGAAGUGCUGGAGGGAUUUCACAGGUGAAGGAAUGCACCUCAGCCUUUCUCCGUUUUGCAAAGAUAACUGGCAUUCCCAUUUUUUUGAUUGGGCAUGUGAACAAAUCAGGAGAAGUUGCUGGACCUCGACUUCUGGAGCACAUUGUGGAUGUUGUACUGUAUGUGGAAGGGGAGAAAUGCUCGUUGCAUCGGCUACUACGACCAGUGAAGAAUCGAUUUGGAUCAACAGAUGAGCUUGGAGUAUUUGAAAUGUUGCCAUCAGGACUGGAAGUGGUGUCGAAUCCAAGUGAGAUGUUUAGAAGGGAUCACAAUGGAAAUUUCAAUUCAGAGCAUUUGACAGGACUUGCUGUUGCAGUGGUCAUGGAUGGAACUCAAACCUUCCUGCUUGAAAUUCAGGCACUGUGUUCGUCCAGUCGCUCCUUUGAUACACACGUUAAUGGGAUUCAAAACCGUAGGGCUGAUAUGAUCAUAUCGGUUCUCAUGAAGCAAGUUGGGUUGAAGCUACAAACAAGCACCAUAUUUAUAAAUGUUGUGAGCGGGGUGACAUUGACCGAGACUGCAGGAGAUCUUGCCAUUGCAAUGGCAAUUUGCAGCAGCUUUUUGGAGUCUCACAUUCCAAAUGACAUUGCAUUCAUUGGUGAAAUUGGCCUCAGUGGCGAGCUUCGCAUGGUUGGUAGGAUGGAGAAGAGGAUCAAUACUGUGGCCAAAUUGGGUUUCAAAAGAUGUGUAGUACCCAAGUCAGCUGUAAAUUGUUUAGGAGUCGUAGGGUUGGGCGAGAUGAAGCUCAUAGGUUGCACAAAUUUGAAAGAUGUUAUCAACAACGUGUUCAUGGUAAGAGAUGAAGUUACAACUCCUUCAAUGGGUAGUUUUUAGUGUUGUUCUUUUUUGGCAUAAAGAUACAACUCCUUCCAAAAUGAAGUGGAUGUACAUAUCCUUUGAGUCAUUCAAACUAGAAAAGUUGAUUAGGCCAGGCAAGUUAUUUACUUAAUGAAAAUUUAUGACAGUUUUUAUAUUGGCAUGAAUUUAAUCGCAUGAAUAGUAAUUUUAACGCCA